AUGGGUUCUAACGGUGCGAAGUUUCUGUGGUGUAAUCUCGGCGCUACAUGCAUGACUCAAUGGGUCCACCCUAGCGAUGUAUUUUCCGUACUACUGAUCCUGGGCGGUGAUAUUGUUGCUCGCGCGCUGGCACAACUUGCAGGAAGUGGCCUGACGCCAGUCACAUUCUCGUUUGGAUGGGUUGCGUACUCCGUCUCGGCGCUUGUAUCUGCCGUUGGCGAAAACAAACUCAUGCCACAGAACGUGGAUUGCAAAUGCAAAGUCAUCAAUGGCAAGAGUGGAUACAGUAGAGACAACUCGAGCUGGGUUAUAGGCCGUAUUGUGCGCGAUUUUGAUACAUGGAGCGGCACUGCUACCAAAGAGAAGACCAAAAAACUUCUGGGAGAAAAGUGGGAGGAACUCAAAUCCCUCGAUAAGGCUGCAGAGGAGCCAACAAGAGCUGGUCUUGUUGUUACUAUCUACGAGCCGAGUGCGACACCAAAGGCCGGCCUAGCUAAACGCGAUCUUAUUUUUUGGAGCGGCUUGCUCAUCAUGUUAUUGCAAUUGGGAAUUGCGGCUAUACCAUGUGGACUUUUCGGCGAUUGGGGCAUUUUGAUAAUUACGGCAUGCGGCAAUGUUCUUGCCAUCGUGACUGGAGUUCUCCCACAAUGGAAGAAGGAAAAGUGGGCGUGCCGGCCUAAGUCCAAGUAUUCCUAUAUUCUCACUCGAGGUAACGGUGCGCAACAUGCCAUCGUUAUUCUUGGUAAUGGACAUGGCUUGAACCUUGAGGAUUUGGCAUCUGGACAGAGCAAUGUUGAAUCCUCUACUAAUACCUUGACCCGAGCUGUUCUCCUCGCCCUCUCUAUAUUCUGGGUACUUCUUCUCAUCGCCGCAGCAGGUCUUAGGGGAAACACUUGGUUUCUUCUCGCCAUCGGCGGUAUUGGCAUUGUUCAGAAUGUUUUCGUCGCUGGUCGAAGCAUGAAGCCGGAGAAUUAUGGCAUUCAUCUAGAUUAUGUCGGGGUCUUCGGUAAAACGAAAGUGAUGGAUACACUCUUGGAUGUUGAACAGAAGUAUCCAGGCAUAGGUCGGAGCAUGCGUGACGAGUUCUUUCCCGGAAAGCUUCCUCUAGCCGGAGUUCGAGCGUGGGAACAGAUCGAACAAUCCACUGAAUCUGAGCCUCGAGCGAAAGCGCCUCGGGAGUCUCAAGAUGACUCUGAAGAAACUCAAGCUGAAGAGCGUCAAGUUGAAGAGCGGAUCUAA